CUAUUUUUAUUGUUGGCUCUUGGCAUGUAAAAAUAAUAAUUAAUUAAUUAAUUUAGAACUGUCUAGUCAGUUAAAUUCACUUUAAAUAUAAUUAAGUUUGUCCAUUGAGAGUAUACUGAAGAAUCGUGCACGCAUUUUUUGUGCGCGAAAGCCACGUUAUCGGUAUCACUAGUCAGAUAUGCUUCCAUCGUUGAGGAUUUGUAAACGAUCGUAAUUACAUCAAUUGAAAUAAUUCUACGAGCUUGAUCCACCAUGUCAAUCAACUUAUUCGAAGCUUUUUCAAAACCCAAAACUAUAAUCGGGGGACGAGCCAGCGGUAUAAAGCAAGCCGCAGCUCAACCCGUUGUCGAGGUUCCACCACCUCCUCGUUACAGUGGUCGUGAUUAUGUUAAGCACUACAUCAAAAAAGAAGAAGCCUCUUAUCAGCAAAGCGUCAGCAAACAUCCUGAAGAUGAAGAUCGUGCCGGUGACGGAGGAAUGUCUGAAUUAUGCACAGAGACUUGCGGCGUUUCGGAAUACACCACUGAGGAUCAAAAGAGGUUAAAUGUGUACGAUGAUUUCGAUUUCUCUGUCAGAAAUAAAAAUCCGUAUCUUCCGAUUCACGCACAAAAGGAAGAGAUUCUUGCCAAAAUAAACGCGUACAGAGUGAUCAUUGUGAAGGGAGCCACCGGCUGUGGUAAAACAACUCAAGUUCCUCAAUUUAUUUUAAACGAAUGUAAGGAGAGAAAUCAGCAUUGUAAUAUUAUCGUUACGCAACCACGACGUAUUGCUGCUAUAUCAGUGGCUAAACGAGUCUGCGAGGAACAUGGCUGGAAAAUGGGUUCGGUGGUUGGAUAUCAGAUUGGCCAGCAUCGAGAAGUUAGCGAUAAUACGCUGCUUACAUUCUGCACUACUGGAGUUCUUUUGCAGAAAAUAGUCAAAGAAAAAUCUCUCAGCGCUUACACGCAUAUAAUACUCGAUGAAGUUCACGAGAGAGACUCUGAAAUGGAUUUUUUGCUCAUUCUUGUCCGAAAAUACGCGAAUACCAUCUCGAGGAACGUAAAAGUUAUAUUGAUGUCCGCCACAAUAAAUACGGAUACCUUCUCCGAGUAUUUCUACGUCAAGUAUGGUAAUGAGAAAUUCUUUGCGCCCGUUGUUUCGACGUCUGAAAAACCCUCUCACAAUGUGAGAAUAUUCUAUUUGGACGAUUUGCUGGAGAUACCGGAGGCCAACAGCAUGUUACCGGACGGUCCAGAUAUUACCAAAAAAGGAUACAUAACAGCUGUAAAAAUAAUCAAAGCGAUCGAUGCGCUGGAAAAAAAUAUUGCCGAAAAAACGAGAACGAAAGUUAGCCCCGGUGCAGUUCUCGUAUUUCUCCCCGGAUUAUUUGAAAUUGAAGAAAUGAAAAAGGCGCUCGAAGAAUAUCAUUCGGAAACUUACACUUGGUGGACCGUACCUCUUCAUUCAACCAUUACUACCGAAGAGCAAGAUAAAGUGUUCCAUAAUCCACCGGAAAAUCAUAGAAAAAUAGUAUUAUCUACGAAUAUCGCCGAAAGCAGUAUCACAGUUCCUGAUAUUGGAUAUGUCAUCGAUUUCGGUUUAACGAAAGUCGUCGUUACCGAUCAAGAUACCAAUCUGGCUAGUUUACAGUUGAGUUAUGCAUCUAAAAACAGCAUGGUUCAGAGAGCUGGUCGUGCUGGACGUGUUUGCGAAGGACGUGUUUAUAGAUUGCUGAAGAAAGAGACUUACGAAACGGAACUGGAAGAAGAAUCCACUCCGGAAAUGUUACGAUGUCCUUUGGAUCAGUUGGUUUUGAAAGCUAAAUUACUGGAUUCCGGACCUCCCCCUGCUAUAUUCGCUUUAGCUAUGAAUCAGCCCGAUUUAAGAAACAUCGAACAAACGGUGCUAUCUUUGAAAGAACUCGGUGCUUUGACUAUCACCUGUCUCGGAGCCAAACUCGAAUCAGAUGAAUUAUUCCAAGCGAUGCAGACUGAAAAAACUUCUAAAAUAGACGACUUGGACGGCGAUAUGACCAAGUUGGGCUAUGUCGUUGCCAGGUUACCGAUGGACGUACGUUUAGGAAAAUUGAUCUUUUUCGGCGAUCUUUUCAACGUACUGGAUGAAUGUAUCAUAAUGGCAUGCGCCAUGUCGGUGAAAAAUAUGUUCAGUUCGCCUUUUCAAGAGUAUUUAAAAGCGUACAAUUCGAAAUUAUCUUGGGCCAAUUCCUCCUGUAGCGAUUGUAUCGCUUAUUUACAUGCGUAUACGGUGUGGAGGAAGAAAAAAUCCGAAAAUGCGUUUCGAGCCAGAAACGCCGAAUCUGAAUGGUGUCGCACGCGUUAUCUGCAAUUGAAAAUAUUAAAAGAGAUAGCUCAUUUGCAUCUGGAUGUUAAAAUGAGAUUGAAAGGUUGCGGAAUAUUCGAAGAGAGUAGAAAUAGACCCAAAUUGGGCAGCCUACAAAAGAGUUUAUUCAUAAAGUUGGCUCUCGCGGCUGCCUUUUACCCGAAUUACUUUUUACGCGGCGCUCAUUCCGGAAAAGUUGAUGAAAAACAAGCUGUGGCUACUUUGAGCGGACACGAUCCCUAUAGCACGGUUUAUUUACAAGGAAUGCCCAAUAACCAACACGGAAUCUUGUACAAGAAAACCAUCGAAAAACAAUUCGAAGACGUUUCGAGUCGUGUCAGCGUUCAUUUUGAUCACGGAUCGAAAGUCUUGAUCAAUUUCGGUCAUUACGCGGCAGAAAGCGUUCCUGGCAGCGAUAGGCAAAGGAUGUUAAUCCCUGGUAAAAUCGAUCUAGCUGUGUAUCGUGCGGUUAAAAUGAGACAACUCAAACCAGAAAUCAGGAUACCUGUAUUCAGUCCUGGCGAAGCGGAUAAAAGAAUUCAAAAUUAUUUACAACGGUACGAGCAAAUUAAACCGGGACGAUCUCAAAGAAUGAAAUUAUUGCAGUGGCCUUGGGAUAAAACCUUGGAUACUCACGGUUUACCUUUAGUCGAAUUACGUAUUACUAAUGUCGAAUCUCCGACUCGUUUCUGGGCUCGUAGUCCUUCGCCCAUGAUAUCUCAACAAUACAGCGAAAUAUGCGAAUUUUUAAACGGACCCGCUGGUGUUAUUCCAAUCGCGCAAGAAGAGAAUAUCAAAGUCGGCGGUGUUUACGCGUAUGAACUAUCUAUCGAUGGAAGAUCGGAGUAUGUUAGAUGUCGAAUCGAAUCUUACAAACAUAAAAACAAUACUUACGGCAUUUCCUUCAUAGAUAUCGGAGAUGGAAGAAGUGAAAUAAGAAGAAACGAUAUUCUAGCCAUUAAUCACGUGAAACAGAAUCACUACGAUAAAAUACCCGAUUUAGCUACCGAAUUUUCUUUGGUCAAAGUUCAACCACUGAGUAAAUACGAAGGUAAAUGGGCGCAGAAAGCGAUUCAAAUGUUGGAAAAGUUCAAGAAAAUGACCGAUCAUAAAAAGAUUCUAGCUGGCCAGGUGUAUUCGAUGGUCAACGGCGUAGCUAAAGUGAAACUGUAUCAUAUCUACAUGAAUCAAAGAAAUGCUUUAAAGACUACUCCUACCAUCAAUCAACAACUGAUUAAUAAUAAUUUAGCUGAAAAAAGCGAAGAGCCUUUCUUAUCCAAACAAGACCACGAAGAAAGAAAAAAUCUGAGUAAGUUCGAUGAAGCAUCGUUUAUCGCUACCAAGAAUCAAACAGAAAAAGAAAAACUUAUCGAGAAACUGAAUUUAUUGGAUAUCGAUGAACCAUCACGUGCAGAAUGCAGACACGAAGUUGUCUUGAAAGGUCCGUUUAGUCCUUUGGAGAUGAAAAUUUUCAGUGCUACUCAAUGUUCGAUGCCUAAAUUAGCGAUUAUCGAACGUAACUCGGUGAAUUCCGUUUUACUCGAUACUAAUCCAGCCGACGAACACGAAAGAAUGGUUCUCGCGUCGUUCGUCAGUAUAAAUCCGUCUCGUAAUAAAUUAUCGUUAAGAGAUACCACUGUGAUGCCCAGUCUACCAGGUUUACCGGCUCUAAUCUGUUUACUCUUCUCGCCGAUGAUUGAAAUGAGAUGCGAUGUAGAUUUCACUCGAUUUACCGGCGCUCUCUGCGGUUUAGGAUACGAGAAAGACACGAAACGCGCUCUGAACGGCGAUAGAGAUAUGGAGAUCACAUUCGACGUUGAAGUAUCUCUAGACACAUUGGUUAAAAUUAACCGCGUAAGAUUUUGGCUCAAUAGAUUUCUCGCUGCGGGUGCUCAAAGCGAAAUGUCACCCAAAGAUCAGGCCGAAGGUUACGAGAAACUAAACACUUACAUCAACGAAUUGAUUUGGCAGAAAUGGACGCCCGAGGAAAUGUUUUUCACCACCAAUGCUUACAAAUGGGGUCAGAUUUCUACGGACAGAUUAUUAAAUCCUUGCAACGAAGAACUUACAGAAGUUAACGAACCUGCCGACGAUGUUACCUCCGUUUAUCGUCUCAUUUGGGGAAUCGAUUUAGAUGGCGAUAAAUCCAUUCGUACAGAGAUGAUCAAGAAAAACAUAACCUUGCUGAACGAAUUCAGUAUCGGAAAACAGUUCGUUAAAGAAGUCGAGUGUAAACUCUGCCAAAUCAAUUUACCAAAUCGUAUGAAUGCGAGAAUACAUGUAAAAUCAUCGUUGCAUAGGGCUCGUGCUGCGAAAUACCUCGAUAAUUCGAACGAGUCGAAUUACGAUAGUCGUAGUGAAGUAACGGAUGGAUACGAUGAUUACUAAAUUUUCUCUUUUUAUGAUUGUAGUACCUACGUGAUUUAUCAUAUUGAUUUUUGUACUUUCUUUUCAUAUGUGAUACCUUAUGUUCACCGAUAAUUUUUUGUCAUUUUUGUAAUAUUAAGAGUAGUUUUGUUAUCUUGUUAUAUCGGCUUAAUCGUAAUCGUUUUUUUUUAUAAUCAUUCUAUUUUCGAAGUAACUAAGUAAAUAAACGAAUUUGUUUUGAUAAA